CGCACCCAUAUCCCACUGUGAAGUCGCUCUUAUAAAACACGUUAUUGAAGAGCGUAGCAGUGAUUUUGUUCGGUUUGUUUUGCUCGGAAAUCAUAUACAAUAAGGAGAUAUAGUUAGGGUUUUAUAUCGAGAUAGCAUGGCAAUGACUGCUCCUGUGGUCAAGGAUGAACCACAAACCACCACAGCUACGACAUCAAUGGCAGAAGGUCAUCCAUUCGCACAACUACAGAGUUUAACCAAUACCAAUGUGGUCGCGAUUAGAUCUCUGAAUUUAUCUUCUGGAGUCGAUUUAAACUCUCCCGACGAUGUUACGGUAAGGACUGAAAUGGAGAGAUAUUUACCAGCUGUUCCCUCGCCGAUUAGUCCGUUUUCAUUUCCAAGUUGCAGGCGAAAAUUCCGACGAGAAAGUGCGAAUGUCGUUAGCGAAUUCUUCAGUUUUGACAACUCAGCGAAAGUCGAGGAGGUUAAAGAAAGAGAACUAAAAGAAAGUGUUUUUCUAAAUUUAGGAGACCAUGAUAAGAUAAUCACAUCUCAGGCCGAGUCUGGCCAAGUUGUAGACAUUAAUUUUAAUCACUUUCGUCCACCACAGUUCAGAAAUUGUAUGGUUGUCUACCCACCUACACCACCAAGUUCAAACCCAGGAUCCCCAGAGAAUGCAAUUCCUCGGCCUGCAAUAUUGAUACGUCCUCCUCCUGCAUACCCCACUCUAUCCAAGGUUCGAAAUUCACCAGCAGAUGACUUGCAACGCCGUAGAAUACACCAUUGUGAUCAUCCUGGAUGUACCAAAGUCUACACAAAGAGCUCACAUCUUAAAGCUCACCAGAGGACACAUACUGGAGAAAAACCUUACAAGUGCUCAUGGGAAGGUUGUACAUGGCGCUUUGCUCGGUCGGAUGAACUUACCAGACAUUUUCGUAAACAUACUGGGGCCAAGCCAUUUAAAUGUCAACAUUGUGAAAGAGCAUUUAGCAGAUCAGAUCAUCUUGCAUUACAUAUGAAAAGACAUACGCAAUAAAAUCCCUGCAAGCUCCUGUAUAUAGCCAUGUCUCGGAUUAUCAAUGGCGACUUCAUUUUUUAUUCAAUUUGUAAAGACAAAGACUUUACUUUUCUAUUCGCUUCUUGAACAUUGUCUUGAACAUUGAACAAAAGCAGGCCUGUUGUUCAGAUAUAUUGUAUAUAAUUGUAUCUAUGAUAAUCAUAGUACUGUAAAAUUAAAUUAAAGAGAA